UCCUCGCGAAAUGACUGAUGGGCAAGCCAAGUUCGAGCUAUGGCCAUCCGCGUUGUUUUCCUCAUCAAGCGGCGUCCUGACUUGACGCAUGAGCAGUUCAGCGAGCACUGGAGCAAGAAUCACGGUCGCAUCUUUACAUCCUUGAAGAUCGUCAAGGAGAAUAUCAUCCGGUACAAUCAAUUCCAUAUUCUUGAGCAGCCCAGCGAGGAAUUGGUCAAGAUUGGCCUCCCCGUUGCUCCUUAUGAUGGUGCUGCCGAAUUUACUGUGGAGAAGCUUGAGGAUCUCCUGGCGCUGUUUGGAGAUGAGGCAUAUCAAAAGAAUGCCUUUCCCGACGAGGACAAUUUCUUGGAUCGUAAUUCUGUGCAGGUGCUUGUAGGCGAGGACCACAUCAAGUGGGUCAGAGGCUUGCAUGAUGGCACGACGGCGACGAGCAAUGCCUUGAACGAAUAGAUGUGAAGCGAAUUUAGUAUUACUUGUAAAUAUGUGCCCCAUUUGCAGUCAAUUGCAUGGAGUUACGUUGCCAGACAGUAUUUAGCUUCCA